AUGGAAAAAAUGUCACUGACAGAUAUCUCUCCUGGUACGGGUGAUCCUUCGCUUUCGCCAAACGCUUUUCCUCAACUACAGACCACAUCGGCUACAAGCUCUGCCCAUGAUCAAGAUUUUACACCAUUGGUAUCAGUUGUAGAUUUUCACCACGUUAGAGGUCCCGAAGUUGAGUUCUGGUUUGGAGCGCCUGAAAACUCUGAUCCCGCUAUAGAAAAUGACUGGCCUCUGUUACCAUUCAUGGCCCUUUCGGAUGGAGCUCACGCAAGUACUCAAGAGUUCUCCUACUUUACCCUUUUGCGCAAGGCAAACCCCUCCCAAACAGUUACCUCUCUGUUCGGAAUUGCAUGCAGUCGACAAAUUGAUGCUUCCAUGCUUAUAAAUAGACCACAUGACGUGACCCGAUCCACUGUUCAAAAAGCCGUGGUUGUUAUUGCCGACUCGCCACAGUCUUUUGGAAUGCUCAGAGAACGACUGAGUGUCGUGACAACAGCAUGGUUUACUCAACGCGAUUUUAAAGAUACCGAGAUUUUGAAACGCUUCCAGGAGAGCCUAUUAGAAGAGAAAGAGAGGACUGGAAUUGAAGCAGAAAGAGAGCGGGAAGCGUACCCAGGUUUGAGCCUGAGGGAGUUGGUCAGACAAUUCCGGUGGCAGACACUCGUGCUCUUUAAAUGUUGCUUGCUACAGCCCAAGAUGCUUUUUUUUGGCAGCAAGUGUGAAAAAUUAUGCAUGACACAGUUUUCCCUUAUAUCAUUAAUUCCAGGUCUUAUUCGCAACCUACAGGCGUGUGCCGAUCCAGAAUUGGAUUCAUACGAGAGGAAUAUGGCCAAGCCAACAAGUCUGAAGACGAGUGACAGGAACUCACUUUUAGCCUACAUGGGGAUGCCUUUACAUAUCUUUGGGAAGGGAAGUUUAUUUGGUCCUUACACCCCUCUACAACAGUUAGAUAUUCUCGCAGAUUUUGGUACGAAAUCCUACAUUGUCGGCUCAACAAAUUCACUAUUGUUACAGCAGAAAGAUCGCUAUAGCGAUAUCCUUAUCAAUCUCGAUGAAGACAGCAUAAAUAUAUCCUCCUCCUCAUUACGAUCCGCUCUUACCCUUUCUUUAGCAGAUCGUCGCUGGAUUGAUUUAAUUACUCAGUCGGUCAAUGAUACUUGGGAUGAAUCUAAUCCUUCGCGCCCAAAGAACAUGGGCUUUAUCGGCUCCGAUGAGUUCAUACGGCUCCAAUUUGAAGAAUAUCUGAUAUCGCUUCUUUCCUCGGUAAAAUACUAUAAAUACACGCUUGAACAUGAAAACAACCCCGGUGCAAUAAUUCUAGAAGUAGAAGGCGACCCUUCUUAUGACUUCGGUAAAGAAUGGAUGGAAGCUUGGACUCGCUCCGAGAACCAUCGUAUUUGGGAUUCCCAAACUGAUAGUCAACUAUUCGACAUUGUUGAACCCAAACAUCCUUGCGCUGGUGGACUCACCAUCGAAGAUGUAAAAGCGCGCAUGAUGGAGCAAGUGAAAGAGUUUCAUUUAGACGAAAGGUUUGCUGUGGGGAAAGAGAUACUGGGUCGUAAUCUGCUGGCCGGAAAAGAGAAAGCAAACACACUUUUGAGCAAACUUUACUCUGACAUGGAGGCCCUGCGUGAUAGUCAAAAACGCAAAGUUGAGGAGGCCAAGGACAAAGUACAGGAAAACGAUCGAGCAAUCCCUAUUGAAGUUGACACAAAUGUCGCACGUUUCACAGCACAAAGUGUAGGCAGUAAAGCUGGCGCCUAUAUUGGAAGUUGGGGAGUCUGGAUGGAAGAGAAACGUAAGACAGGCUGGGGUAGCACAUCUUUCCAGCGCAAGGCCGAAGAGCUAUCCGAAAAAGAGAAAACAACUGCUAAAGAGCCUGAAGAAAACAGUAAACACCACAAAAAAAGCUUUGCUGAGCCGUUCUUUGAUGCAGAUCAUCCCCUAAGCCCCGAGGACCCACAUUCUGCUACAACAUUAACUAGGAGCGAGACGAUCGUCUAUCCCUCCGACAUACCAAGCAAAGAGAGUAGUAAGAAAGAUGAUAAAGACAAGGCUCUUGUCUCGAUAGAAAUCAAGAAUCUCCAACAAACGGACUUCAAAAAACAGACAAGUGAGGUCAACUUUGCAUAA